AUGAAUGAGUUUAAAACCUUGAUUGAGAUUGAACUAGACCUUGGAAUACUGGGGAUUGGUUAUGGCUUUCACUUCUUGAAACUCUCCCAUUUUGCUUUUAAACUUGGAAAAUGUUUUGAUGAAGCUUAUGACCAAUUUUUUUUGGGUUGCGAAGUGAUUGAUGGAGUUGCAAAUUGGAGUUCUGAAGUGAAUACAACAUUGUCGCCGCUAGAUCCGUGUCACCGCCACGAACCGCCGCUGUUCUGGCUGCCGGAAGCCGCCGCCGAGCCUUUGCCUUCUUGGAUUGAAUUCCGACGAUUUUAUAUCAAAGUUAAGGUUACAGUUGGACCAUCGGAGUUUCUGGCCGCUGUCGGAGAUGCCUCCGGGUCAGCUCGGGAUUGCGGCUGUUCCAUUUUGCUCUUACUGAUUGAGUUAUUCGGAUUGCCUGUUGCAAUUAAAGCCGUUUCUGCUAUUGCGGAAGUGAGCAGACCUGCGAUUGAAGCUGCAGUUGGUUUCGGGCGGAGAGGAAUGGUUCUUGUGACGCCUUUAGUUUAUGGGUUCAACUUUUGAGCUUUACCUUUUCAGGAACUGGAAGAAGCGUUAUGAAGAGUUACACUGCGUUUGGCUUAUAUGUUGUUGUAUUC